CUAUCAAAUAGCAAUAAAUAAUAAUAAGCAGUUUGUGAUUUAUCAAGUAAAUACUAUCCGUAAUCAGUGCGAUACCAAGCGGAUUUUGAUUAGAACAAUUAUGAGACACUUCGUAUAGUUGUAAAUAUUUUUUUGUCAAAUGCGGUUUUGCAGUGUACUAUUACUACCGAUAUUUUUAAAAGCUGUUGCAUCUUCAAUCAUGGAUUCAAAGACGCUAUCUUCAUCCAUCGCUAAAUUCUCGGCAAAGUUCUGUAAUGAACUAGACAAGUCAACUAGUGUGGUUUCAUCUCCAUUAUCAGCUGAAUACAUUCUUGCUCUUGUGGCUUUGGGAUGUGAAGGUCCAGCACAUGAAGAGAUAUUGCAAUCCCUUGGAUUCCCUGAAGAUAAUGCUAUUCGCUCAUCUUUCUCUAGCAUGUCAUCACAACUGAAAUCGAUUAAAGGUAUUACCUUGAAUGUGGCUAACAGAGUGUAUAUACAAGAUGGGGGCUACAAGCUAAACAGUGCCCUUGAGAGUGAUGCUGUUAAAGUGUUUGAUGCUGGCCUUAAAAUAAUUGACUUUGGAAGUGGAGGAGCUGCUCAAGAAAUCAACAAGUGGGUGGAGAGCAAAACCAAUGAACGCAUUAAGGAUUUAUUAACGUCAGACAGUGUUAAUAGUGACACUCGCCUUGUCUUGGUGAAUGCAUUGUACUUUAAGGGAUCCUGGCUGAAACCAUUCCAUAAGAUGAUGACAUAUGACCGUCCUUUCUUCCUUGAUGAGAGUACCACAGUGGACAUUCCGAUGAUGAAUGCCAAAGAUGACUUCUUUUAUGGUGAAAGCAAGGAUCUUGGAGUUCAGUACCUGAAAAUGCAAUAUGAGGGUGAGGAAGCCAGUAUGUUGGUCGUCCUACCAUCAAAGGUUGACGGUUUGAAUGAUGUUAUUAAGAAAUUGGCUGAUGGUUAUGACCUGUUGGCUGAUGUGGAGACUUUGGAGGAGACCAAAGUGGAUGUCACCAUCCCCAAGUUCAAGAUUGAGACCGAGAUUGACCUCAUGGAUGUUCUCCCUAAGCUUGGAAUCAAAACUAUAUUCGAGCCUGCAAACUCCGGACUUACCAGGAUGUUAGAUAGUGAAGAGAAGUUAUUUGUGUCUAAGGGAGUGCAAAAAGCAUUUAUUGAAGUCAACGAAGAAGGAGCUGAAGCCGCCGCUGCCUCUGGCAUGGUGAUGAUGAUGCGGUGUAUGCCUCCGCCAGUACCCAUAUUCAUGGCUGACCGACCUUUCCUCUACACCAUCUUGGACAAACAUCACACAACAUACUUCGUUGGCGCCUUUCGCGCCCACUAAGACAAACUUGUAAAACUUUAAACCGCCUUAUCUCGACUUUGAUAUUAAUCUUUAUUAUAAAACGUGGUCUAAAAUACUGUGAUUGUUACGUAGUAAUUUUUAAGUGAAAAAGUAACAAAUAUUAUAGUCCGCGCUUUAUAAUAGGACUACUAAUGUUUAGUGGCCUGAAUUAAUUUUUAAGAAAUAUUAAGCUGAAUAAACCAAUCUGUAAGAUCGAACUAAACACUAUUUUACUCGCGAAAUAUUAUUCUAUAUGUGUUAUUGUAUCGUGCACUUUUUAUCGCUUAAUUGGGAAUAAGAAAGUUUAGAAACUUCAAUGCAAUGCUAUUCCUCAGCAAUAGCUAUAUUUGCAAAAUAUUUUAACAGAUUUGAGUGCCUCAAUGUUACUUAUCUGUGGUACCUUAUAAAAAAAAGAAGAUCGAGGGUCUGUUUCACAAUGUAUGGCUAGAGUACCAAAUAGCUAUGCAACACAUAAAUUAUUCGGAUGAUAAAAGUUUCGAAUCAGAAACUUCGCGUUUCAUGACGAAUAGCGCUAUCUGACAGUCGUGAAACAAUCUAUUAAUAAGUAGGUAGUGUUUAUCCUACCAAUAAGUAAUAAAUAGCUUAUUUGGAACUUAUCCCGACAUUGUGAAACAGACCCUAAAUAUAUUAAUAUAAAUAUCGAUUAGAAGGGUGAAGAUUUCUGCCACAAAUUCAUUGCCGAAAUUCCUGUUAUUAAUGUAGCACGCUUAUUUAAGUACAAUCUCCUAGGACAUGUCUAAUUUCGAAAAGAUAAAGUAUAUCUAUGACUGAUAUCUUACAUACUCCGAGUGUGGCUCAUUGUGUGUAAAGAAUUUCUAAAUAGUGCCGCACACAAUAUGUUAAUUCGAAUU